AUGUCCCGGGCGCUCGACAAGGGCGUCAAGGCGGCACUCAAGAAUGGCAAUCACGAGAGGGUCUUUGAGGAAAUAUCCUCGGCUCUAGUGCAGACGCACGGCUCCCUUCUCGAGGUAGAGCUGCUGGGCCAAAGCCACAUCCCUGAUGCAGACACGACAGUACUUCAAGACGGCAAUGCCAUCGCGAUACCCAAGUUACGGCUCGUGCAAGCAUUCAUCGUCGCCAGGCAAAUAUUAAAGGAGCACAUACGCCAUGCGGGAAAGGGGACGGAGGACAGGGUGCUGAGAGCCACUGCCACCAUUCUUCUCAUGGACGCCGAGCACCUCACAGCAGCCAACACUCGGAAACGCCUCAUAUCCGACCCCAGUCUGAAGCCCGCACAUGCCAGAGAACUGAUUAGCAAGGAUAAAUACCUUAUCGACAGCUUAUUGACCAGUCGACUUCACCGACACACCAAGUCUCCUGUUCUCUGGAGCCACCGCCGAUGGCUCACGACGCAGCUCAGUAAGCUAGAUAUGACGCAGGACGUUGCAGCAGACAUACGCGACGUCGUCUUCGUGUCAGCAGAGCGACACCCCCGCAACUACUACGCCUGGUGCCACGCUCGACAGCUUGUCGCGCGCUCCUCGACGCGCAAAGCACCGAAGCUUGCGUUGGAUGGGCCGUCACUGGUAAUGGACACGAAGCGCUGGUGCUUCAGUCACCACGACGAUGUCUCUGGGUGGAUGUUUCUCACGUUCCUGCUCAGAAGAUGGCCAGAAGAGGCAGCGGGUGUAUUCAGCGAGACGCUGCAGCUUGCAGAGUCGUUCCAUUGGCGAAACGAGUCGGUCUGGUACUUUCUCCGCAACAUGGUCGCCGGUGGAACGGUGGACGCAGCGCGCGAACUGCAGUUUGAGACUACGAGAAGCACACUACGGACAGGCACGCAAGAUGGAAGCCCCGAAAGGAGAACCCUCGACCAGGCCGCGAGCUGGGUCAAGUCAGGGGGGCGAGGCUAA